AAGCUCGUCUACAAGCGGACAGGUGCUGUCACCAGUAGAGUCAGGACUCUGACUGCGAGAAGUGUAACGCCAUCACCAACCAACCGCUGCAUCGACAAUUCUGCCAGGAAAGAACAGACUCCAUUAUCAAAGAAGAGACAAGAGACAAACAGUAAGCUGCAGCAAAAGACAACCUUUGAUGAUGUGAUCAUUGUCGAUCACAAACAGAACCCUGACAAGAGGACGCACAGCAUCAACGUGCGAAAGAGCACAGGGGAAGAAGAGUGGGUGCAACUGAGCAGCAUGGCCAAAGAUUUUCCUCAAGCCUGUGCUGCAUAUGCUAGUGACAACAAUCUACUGGACACUCCAGGGUGGAAGAGAUUCAAGCGACUCGUUGACGGCAACAAGAACAAGAGCACAAAUUGCACCCAUCCCUCUGUCAUUUCCCUCGAGCAACAACAAUAUUACGGAAAUCCAAUGAAUGCGUUUUGGUGGAUUGCCGGAGAUUGUUUGGGGUUUCGACGAGACACUGCCAUUUCCCCGUCCACUGGCUGCCCGUACAAGUUGGCGUCGGAACUUCGGUUUGGACCGGACAAAAUCAUUCCAUACGACAAGCAAAUAGAAACACUGACACGGUCUGGCUUUGCUCUCUGGGAUGUUGUUCAAUCGUGCCAACGACCGGGGUCCUUGGAUCAAGACAUUCAAAAGGCAACACCCAAUCCCAUUCAAGAGUUUUGCCAGCAGCAUAAGGGCUCGAUACGACGCAUCGUCUUUGCUAGCGGAAUGACAACCUGCCAACUGUUUGUCAAGCACUUUCGAGACUGGUUGGAAUCGGGAGAACUGGACUAUCUGCACGGACACGAGGCAUCCGAAAAGGCGUUUGCCAAAGCCAUUGCCAGGGGUAGCAAGGUACAAACGACAAAGAAACGCCGCAAGCCCUCAACAACAAUCACUCUGGUGGCGGCAUUGAGUGUCUCUCCCGCGGCUGCUCGUUACAGCUACAAAGAAAAACGUGACUUUUGGGAUGAAUACGUCUACAAACCGGGUCUCUGUGACUACAACAACCAAUCCAGCAGCAAUCGACAGCAGCGGAGGAAGAGUCCUCGUCGAGCUUGA